AUGGUUCUCGCUGACGAGGUCGGUAAGAACGGCGCAGCGAACGGCGCGACAAACGGCGCAGCAAAGGCUGCUGCUGUUGUUGUGGAGGAGAAGAUCGGCGAAGGGUCGAAAGGCGUGGAGGAGCUUACAGUGGAGGAUCGCCCGUGGUUCGAGAAGGCUCGGGCUAGCAAUGUGCAGGUGUCCGUGGCGCCAGGCGGACGGUGGAACCACUUCAAGACGUACUCCGUCAUCCAGCGCACCUUCGAGAUUUGGAGCUUCGUUAUUGUCUUCCUCGUCAAGGCGUGGCUGAUCAACCGCCCCUGGAUGUACCGCGGCGGAGUCACGGACGCGAAGAAGGGCGAGCGGCGGCGGGAGCUCGCGCGGUGGCUCAAGGAGGGGCUGCUGCGGCUGGGCCCCACCUUCAUCAAGAUCGGCCAGCAGUUCUCCACCCGCUCGGACCUAUUGGCUCAGGAAUACAUUGCGGAACUCUCAGAACUGCAGGACCAAGUGCCACCGUUCGAGUCGGACACGGCUCUAGCCAUAGUGGAAUCGGAGCUGGGCAAGCCCAUCUACGAGGUGUUCGAGCGGUUCGACCGCGACCCCAUCGCAGCGGCCAGCCUGGGGCAGGUGCACCGCGCGCGGCUGCAGGGCAGGGAGGUGGUGGUGAAGGUGCAGCGGCCGGGGCUCAAGGACCUGUUUGACAUCGACCUCAAGAACCUCCGCGUGCUCGCCGUGAACCUGCAGAAGAUCGAUCCAAAGUCGGAUGGGGCUAAGCGCGACUGGGUGGCCAUCUAUGACGAGUGCGCGUCCGUGCUUUACGAGGAAAUCGACUACAUGAAGGAGGGCAAGAAUGCUGAUAGGUUCCGGGAGAACUUUAAAGACAUGGACUAUGUGAAGGUGCCCAAGAUAUACUGGCAGUACACCACGUCGCAGAUGCUGGUGAUGGAAUACACGCCUGGCAUCAAGAUCAACCGGAUCGACGCACUGGAUAAGCUGCAGGUCGACAGGAAGAGGCUGGCUCGCUACUGUGUGGAGUCGUACCUGGAGCAGAUCCUCACCCACGGAUUCUUCCAUGCCGACCCGCAUCCUGGCAACAUUGCAGUGGAUGAUGUCAAUGGUGGCCGACUCAUCUUCUAUGAUUUCGGCAUGAUGGGAAGCAUCCCCUCUGACAUCCGAGAGGGCCUGGUGGAGGCGUUCUACGGGGUGUAUGAGAAGGACCCAGACAAGGUGUUGGACGCCAUGGUGCAGAUGGGCGUGCUCGUGCCCACCGGCGACCGCACGGCUGUGCGGCGCACGGCGCAGUUCUUCCUCAACUCGUUUGAGGAGCGCCUGGCACAGCAGCAGGCGGAGGCCAAGGCGAGUGCGCCUAUGACCAAGGAGGAAGCCCUGGCGAAACGCAAGAUGCGGCUCUCUGCCAUUGGAGAGGACCUGUUGGCCAUUGCAGCUGACCAGCCCUUCCGAUUCCCAGCCACAUUCACGUUUGUGGUGCGCGCCUUCUCAGUGCUGGACGGCAUUGGCAAGGGGCUGGACGCCAAGUUUGACAUCUCUGAGAUCGCCAAGCCCUAUGCACUCGAGCUGCUUCGCUUCAGGGAGGUCGGCUCCGAGAUUUUCUUCAAGGAGCUGAGGAAGCGGUGGGACCGCCAGUCGCAGGCCUUCCGGAACCUACUCAGGCAACCCAGCCGUGUGGAAAAGCUUGCUGACGUCAUCCUGAGACUGGAGCAAGGCGACUUGAAGCUGCGAGUGCGGACACUGGAGAACGAGAGGGCGUUCAAGAGAGUGGCGACCAUGCAAAACACCAUCGGCAGCGCCAUAGCAGCAGCCACCCUGAUGAAUGUGGCUUCAGCCAUGCACAUUGCCGCCCGGAAAACACCUGCUACUUUGCUCCUGGUGGCCAGUGCUGUGUUUGGCCUGCGUGUGCUGAUUGGCCUCAUGCAAGUGAAGAAGCUGGACGAGCAGGAGAAGCUUAUUAUGGCCGGAGGGGCCCAGGAGCUGGCCAUCGACGGCACGCCGCGCGCCGAGAUCGCGGAGCUGGGUCACUGGGCGCUCGACAAGAUGACGCGAGCGUACAUCACCGUCAUUCCGGUGGGGGUGGUGAUGAAGAAGGCCGGUUACUCUGGUUACAAGCAGGACUACUUCUUGGGCCGGAGCAGGGUGGAGCCCUCCGAUAAGCUCUUGAAGCUCCUCGCAAAGCACAUCUUCCCCGGCGUCGACGACAUGCUGAAGACGGCGGAAGGGAAGGCUGCCGAGGGGUCCGACGCCGACAAAGCCGCGGUGCACUUCUGGCGCACACUCCAGAUGCUGCGCCGCAUCGUCGCCGAGGACCUAGCGGUGAAGCUGGUCCGCACACCAUGGCACCCGUACGUCCAAGGCUCCCUGCUCUGCCGGAUCCCCCUCUUCCAGCACUGGGCGAAACGGGUCGAGAGGGUCGACACCGAGACGAUCAACAAGCGUCGGGACCCGACCCAAAUUCAGGCAGAGGAAAUCUCUGUCCGCAUGGACACCGAGUACUACAACAUAUCCCUCAAGGCGAAGCUGACGAAGGAGAUGGAGCGUGCCGCGAACGAGAAGAUUGAUUUCCUGGAGGAGCUCGAGAAGCGCGACGACACCAUCGCGUCUCUCACCGCCGAGAUAACCCGUCUCACCGAGGCACUCCGUGUGUCAGAAGCACGGAGAGUGCCGGAGGCCCCGCCGUGUGCUACCGCGCAAGCUCCCAGCGAGGGUGGCUCGGCGGAGCAGAGGGGAGCAGAGGGGAGCAGAGGGGAGCAGAGGGGAGCAGAGCAGAGCAGAGCGGAGCAGAGGGGAGCAGAGGGGAGCAGAGCGGAGCAGAGUGGAGCAGAGCGGCGGCUGAUGGGCAUAGCACCUGACGGUUACAUGCGGGGCACCUGA